AUGUAUCUAGUGGAUGGUUUUCAAGAGGGGGACGACAGCCUCUCCUCCUGCUCCGGCACCUCCUGGACCACGCUCGACCUCAGCAGCGAUCUCACGUCGGUUGACUCCGACCAAUGUUUUACCCCGCUGACUUUUGAGGACCAACGUGAAGACCAGCGGCCAACGAGGUCUUCUUCCCAUGCCACCACUGACAAGUCGACUAUGUGGGUCGCAUGGCAAGAGACUUCUUUUCUCGGAGAUGUGGACCACAAGAACAAGACGUCGGGCUGGCCGCCCCCCGGCCCGGGCUCCUGGGGGGGCCUGCAGGGGGCGCCGUAUGUGUGGGACGGCGUGAGCAGCGUGAGCCGAGAGGGACGGGACUACCUCAGCAACCAAGUGUCCCAGAGCAGUUCCCUGGAGGAGGUGCGUCCGGAUGGGGUCCCCCCUGCCCCUCGACUGGUGGAGAUGAGGCGAGAUCCCGUCCUGGGCUUCGGUUUUGUGGCCGGCAGUGAGAAACCGGUGGUGGUUCGCUCUGUCACGCCAGGCGGUCCGUCGGAGGGGAAGCUGAUUCCAGGUGAUGAGAUCAUCAUGAUUAACGAUGAGGCCGUCAGUUCGGCCCCCAGGGAGCGAGUCAUAGACCUCGUCAGGAGCUGCAAAGAAUCCAUCAUGCUGACUGUUGUCCAGCCCUAUCCCUCCCCCAAAUCAGCAUUCAUCAGCGCAGCCAAAAAAGCUAAGCUCAAGUCCAACCCAGUCAAAGUGCGCUUUGCAGAGGAAGUCAUUAUCAACGGCCAGGUUCCAAACUCGGUGAAGGACAACUCUCUGCUAUUCAUGCCAAAUGUCCUGAAGGUCUACCUGGAGAACGGGCAGACUAAAUCUUUCCGCUUCGACAGCAGCACCUCCAUCAAGGAUGUGAUCCUGACCCUCCAAGAGAAGCUGUCGAUCAAAUGCAUCGAGCACUUUUCCCUCAUGUUGGAGCAGAGGACGGAAGGCUCUGGAAGCAAACUGCUGCUCCUGCAUGAACAAGAGAUGCUUACUCAGGUGACCCAGAGGCCCAACUCUGACAAGAUGAAGUGUUUCUUCAGGAUCGGCUUUGUGCCCAGGGACCCGCUGGAGCUUCUCCGCAGGGAUGCCGUAGCAUUUGAAUACCUCUACGUACAGAACUGUAAUGAUGUGGUGUUGGAGCGGUUCGGCUCGGAGCUGAAGUACGACGCCGCGCUCCGAUUGGCCGCGCUGCAGAUGUACAUCCUCACCAUGACAACCAGACAGAGUCAGAAGGUCUCUCUAAAAUAUAUCCAAAAGGAGUGGGGUCUGUCGCUCUUCCUUCCUCCCACCGUUCUGUCCAGUAUGAAGGAGAAAAACAUCAAGAAGGCUCUGACGCACAUCCUCAAAACCAACCAGAACCUUGUGCCCCCUGGGAAAAAAUUGACUGCUUUGCAGGCCAAGGUGUAUUACCUGAGAUAUCUCAGCGAACUCAGACUGUACGGAGGGAGAGAGUUCAAAUCAAUACUUUUGCAGGGGGAAAAACAGACGGAGGUGACUCUGUUGGUGGGGCCCCGUUAUGGCAUCAGUCAUGUGAUUAAUGCGCGGACCAACCUGGUGGCCCUGCUGGCGGACUUCAGCCAUGUCAACCGCAUAGAGAUCCUCACUGAGGAUGAGACCAAUGUACGCCUCGAGCUGCACGUGCUGGACGUCAGACCCAUCACGCUGAUCAUGGAGUCAAGUGACGCAAUGAACCUGGCCUGUCUAACAGCAGGUUACUACCGCCUCCUAGUGGACUCACGGAGGUCUAUUUUCAGCAUGGCCCACUGCAACAGCACUGGAGGGGACGACAAUGAUCAGGAUCGUGUCCUGGAGUGGCCAUACAGCACUUCUCUAGGGGACUGUGAGGAGACCACAUCCGGCCAGGGAGCAGAGACAUACAACAGAGAUUCUGACUAUUCCGAGAGCAUGCAGAGACAAAACAGCAUCUCCCCUUACUUCCAUGAGAGCCAACACCCCGACGGAGACCUCGAGGGCAGGAGAAGCCCGUUGCCCCCUCCCCUGCCUCCCUCCACCAGACACAAACCUCAGGACUCACCCCGGAGCGCUAAAGUCUCAUUUAUUUUCGGGGGAGACCCCCCGCUGAACACUGCCGGCCACCCUAAGAACUCAGGCUAUGAGAGGCUGUUGGAGAGCCCCGACGUGCCUGAAAACAGGCCUCUGUAUUUGCACAACAGUACGGACUUUCGGCCUCAGGAUGGAGUGCCGUUUCAGUACAGCGGCCGGCCACACGUGUACAGUAACAUCGGUGGUGAGGAGUGCGGCGAGGAGCCUUUGCUAAGAGACCUGUGCUAUGCGGAUACAACGGAUGACGCAGAGGAUGACGAUGAUGGCUCCUGUGAGGAAGACUCCACCGGGGGGACACCGAUGGAGGACGAAAGGACGGGAGCGGGUAGUGGAAACGGUGGUAACCAGAAAGGAGGGCUGGCCACCGCGGCCAGCAAGGCCACCUUUCUCACACUGUCUGGUUCCACUGAUGACAUCAUUGACUUGACAUCGCUGCCCCCUCCGGAGGGGGACGGAGGUGUCAAUGAAGUCGAGGAUGAUGCUUUGCUGCAGACACUCAACAUGGCCAUCGCUGCUCCCCCGCCGGGCUUCCGAGACAGUUCAGAUGAGGACUCGGCGCCGGAGGGAAGGCCGCUGAGCACGUGUGACAAUGACGACAUCCCGGUGUCAUUGAUUGACGCCGUGCCGACACACAGGGAGGGUGAGGGCAGCAGAGGAGGGGAGAGAAGGCUGGACAACGCCAUGGUCAACACCCUGCAAGCACUGGAGGCUCUGUCUGUCUCUGAACAGAGGCCUCCGCGACCACAGCAUCACAGCAACCAUCCAGGUGUUUUGGUAUCUCGAGGCUUCAGCCCUGGGUCAUCCUCAGAUUCAGGCAAUGAGACCAACUCCUCAGAGAUGACUGAAAUCUCUGAGCUAGCUGCAGCGCACAAACUCAAUGAGAGCCACAUGCGUCUCUUGGUGGCCACAAGGGAAGGCUACCAACCACUGCUGGAGGAAAAAACAGAAUUCCCCGUUUCACCCGGUACUGGCGGAACUGUGCAGAAGAAACCCCGUAGUCCUUCGCGUCACCUCCAGCCUCCAGCAGUACCUCCAAGACGGAGUCCCUCAUUGGACACUCCGCAGUCAGGGUCAGAUAGUUUGGAGGUGAGGUCCAUGACUAACCUCUCCUCCACUGUUCAGCGCCCAAGCUCCACAGCACCGGGAGGCAAACAUCACAAAAAGUCAGCAGAUUCUAAUGGAAAGUUUAACACCUUUAGUACGAGGGAAGCCCACCGGUAUGGGAGCGGUGGUGCUGGUGGCAGCCAUCUUGACAUGGAACAGCAAGGUUUAUUCGGUGAGCGUGGGGUAAAUCAAAGAAGACAGAAUUCGCUAUUAGCGGAAAAUUCUGUAGCAGAAGGCCUUGGGGUAAACAGCCUCCCAAGUAGCCAUCACUUGAUUCCUCGUCCCGCUUCCUCUACCUCUGACCGCCUCAUAGAAGUCGGCGAGAUGGCGGAUGGUGCUGCAGAUAAUGGAGCUUCAGCUGUUGAGCAAGAUGAGCACCUGGUGGUGGCAUCAUUGCUCUCCCCAACCAAAAAACACCGACCAGGAGGUUCAGACCAGGGAUCAGAUAUACAGAGUGAUCGUCAGCCUAUCUCAAGGCAGCAGAGCGUGGCUAGGCUAUGUGAGUACCAUCUCGCGAAAAGGAUUUCAAACUUACAAGGAGAAGCUCACAGUUCACUGCAAGGUUCUCUAUGUUCAUCGCUGGACGCUGGUGGUAGCACCAACAGUAGCGCAUGUGCAACCCCGACAGACUCCCCGCAUGGCCCCACUAUGGUUGAGUCCAGUCACCACCUUCCCCAACGGCACCCUCUUUCCAGCUCUUCCUCCUCACUCAUCAGGGUGCUCAACUAUGAAGACAACAAGUCUGGAGUUCCCCAUGGAAUCUCUAGCCACAAUGCUCAGGGCAGAGACCUCCACCCACAUGCAGACCCGGCUCUCCUACGGAAGAUGCUGCCCAACAUACACCAACCUGCUACGGGGUCUGACUCCAAUCGCCCCUCCUCCACGACACCGUCUAAGGUUAAAGAAACCACAGGUGCUGCAGCCAGAAAAUUCCACACUGAUCUACAUGCUAAACAACAAGCAUGUCUGAGAGGAAUGAACCAGAAGGAAGGCAGUGAGGCCUAUAGACAACUGAUUAACUAUUUAACUGUCAGCCAAAUGCAUCAGGGAGGGAAGCUGCACAGCGCGGGCAUGGGAGGAGCAGUGAAAAAGGACACCAGACGGUACAUUACCAGCAACCCCCAACUGGUGGAGAUGGUUAAGAAUAGGGGGAACCCAGUUGCUCGGUGCCCCUGCAUGCCAUCCUCCAUGUCCUCGCCCUUUCUCAGCCCCAAUUCAGUCAACCCCAAUACAGCAGCUUUGCUGCUCACAAAUAAAAACCAUCGCAUGUAUCACUCUGCCACGCUCCCUGCUAAACUUAAGAAGAGUCCUGAUUCGCAUGCUCAGAGGCCAAGAGACAGUCUGGAGGUACGGCCAACCGGCACCGAACGGCGGAGCUCCUUCUCUGGUCUGGAGAGUGAGCUGGAGCGUGGUGCAAUGGAUCCCGAACGUUUUUUGUCACUGUGCAGGAGAGAGGGCCUCAGCAUCCAGGAAGGUGGGGGUCCUGUAAACCAUCCUCUUUCUCGGGCACGAAGCCAGCCCAGUAGUAGUGCAGAAAACUGGGCAAAGUCUGACCCAAGGACCAAGCAUGCAGUCCACCAAUCUCCUUAUCCUCAUCCUAGUGAUUGUUUCUCUCCCACUUCCACUUUAGCUGGCCAGCGAACUGAGUUCAACACCAUCUCACUAGGAAGGGGAGACCACCCUUCAGCUUUCACUCGUCAGGGGUCAACUGGCCCCAGAGCUUGCCCUAACCCUAACCCUUUACCUCCACCCCCACCUCCUACUCCGCCUCCUCUUCCUCCAGUGCUGUCUUUACCGGAGCAGGCCAACACCAGCUCUAGCAACUCAAGCACCCUGCCCAAACAGGACUCUAUCCAUUCCAUCCAGUACCGGCAGAAUCAGAACCACAUUCAGUCGGUCACCCCAACUCAGACCGAUCCCUUCAACAACAAUAACCUCCAGAGAGGCCGGGAAUUAAGGCGCAGCUCCAGCAACAUGACUGCCGAUUCGGGUAGUGUGGAGGUUCUGUUUCAAAAACCCACCCGAAGCAGGAGCCAGCAGCCCCUGUCCUCAUCCACGGCACAACAUGGAGAAACCAAAGUCCAGCGGAGGCCGACGAGAAAGCGGCUCUCCAAAAGCUACUCACAGGGGUCUGUGACUUCCCAAACCACAUGUUGGUCGACAGGCAGUAGAGGGGACAGCAGGAGGGCAUCCGUGGCGUUCCCCUUGCAGAAAGAUGCUAAACACAUUAAGGGCUCUCAGAAAUUGGACACCAGCCCUUGGCGAUGCAAUGGGCCUUUCAGCUACUGUUUCUUUAAGAGGAAAAGUGAGGGUGAGGAGGAUGAAAUCGAGUGGGAGAGGCCAAGGCGUAGCCGGAGUGAUUUCGACAGUGUAGGUGGGGCAGCAUCAGUAGUGUUGCCCUAUGGCUCGGCUGUGGACGCGGCCGGGGACCAACUGUACGGUGAGGUCCUGAACAACAUGAGCUUCAGUGACCGUCUGGCUCGUAUCAACGCCCUCAAGGACCGCAUGUACACCUUCCCUGCUGGCUUCACAGAUGUUCGCCGCGAUGCGAGUGAGCUCAUUGCACUGGUACGAUCCAGUGUGGGUCGUGGGGAUCGUGGGGCCCAAAUGCCUCAGAUCCAGGACUUGUCCCAGUACAAGCAGCUCCUUUCUAUUGAGUCGAAAGAGCUGGGCCGGGCAUGCCGGAGGAUGGCGCAGGCCCACGGUACUCCUGAGGAGAUGCUGCUAGCUGUAACCUGUAGCUUCCAGGUGCUGUGCUGUCUUUGCGAGGCUUGUAUGUGUUUGGUUCGGGGUCUCGGAGCCUCAGCCUCGCUCCAACAGAGAGAAGUGGUGGCGAAGGUGGACGAGGUUGUCAUGAACUAUAUCUGUCUGUUGAAGGCAGCUGAGGCAGCAACCGUGGGUGCACCAGGAGAGCACAGCGUGAAAGCCCUGGUCCGCCACUCCAGCACCAUGUCAGCCAUUGCUAAUGCACUCACCCGCUCCCUUAAAACGCUGCUUAGCAAGUAA